UAAACCGGAAAUCGCGACCACACUUAAUUCCAACCUCUCCCGCCACAGCCAUUAGAUGCCGGUGGCGACGCGGUGAAGCGUUCCGAAUGACACAAAAAUGAGAACUUAUGAGGUCAAUAGCGUAAGAUGUCACCAGCAAGAUAACUGCCACGCGGGGGGAGAGAAAAAAGGGCUUGCAAGUAAAGUACCGAGCGACCUCUAAUUGAUCCAUUGUUCGCGGGCAGAUUAUCGUUGGGCGGAACGCGAAAUAUGUGCGGAUAUAUGCGGCAGAGGAAGCACGAUUAGUCUCCCUUUGGGGUGUUGUUGUCGCUGGAAUGCUGUAAUGUUAUACAAUGCCAAUUUUUUGAUGGCAUACAUUUGUUGUAAAAUUAUUCAAGCUAUAUUGUUCCCUGCUCGUAAGAAUAAUUAGAAUAAUGUCUUUUUUGCAGGAUUAAUAUUUGCAACAGCACAAUAAAAAUAAAUAAAUACGCGAUUGUCUGUGAUCGUGUCCAACUUUAACUCUCCAAAAGGUUUUACUGAAAAAGACACAUUUGGUAAUGAGCUUUUUCAAUCCAACAAGACUACAUUGGGCCCUUAGUCAUUUACAAACCCACUGGCAAACACUUUUACUUCCACGUGUGCGUGUGUGUGUGUGUGUCGAGUCGUAUGUUAAUUUUGCUAAACAUUCAGCUCAAUUGUAGCUGCCUUUCCGCAACAAAACUACCAACUGCCGGUACCGUUCACUCUAGGCCACGAUUGCGGUUUUCUGGUGUGGAACCACGCGAAAAGCUUGUUGCGCUUGAAGACUUGGGCUUUGAACGUUUUAGGGAGGAAGGGCACAGUUAUUGCUAACCAAACACACUGCCAAAUUCUUUCCCGUUGUUGGUGGAAUUUAAAUAAUAGACCAUACGACUCUUCGUCACCAUGAAAAUUGCACCAAAAGUAUGGAAUUUUCAAACAACUCCAGGAAUGAUUAAUCCUCCCAAAACCAUACCGUUUUUCCACCCAGGAAGAGAUGGGUUUUUCUCCUUGUUUAGGAUAGAAAAACAGUUUCAAACAACCCUACCCCAGAUUGUCAUAGAAAGAUCGCGUACGCAUCAGCUGGCAUUUUUUUCUCCUUCAAACCCUCUACUAUGCGCGAUCUUUCUUCGCCCGCGCGCCCUUACGGUACCGGUCACGGUGUGUAACUUUGGAAACAAUCAUCUACGUCGCAAUCAAAUGUGCCCCUCUUGGUAAGAAGUUUUCACCUCUGCAUCCCCCCGCGUUUCGAUUCAGGAAGAGGAAAUCCAAACUGCGGUGGUGGUGUGGAAUGAUCGUUAGAGGUGGCAUAUUGUGACGCGGGGGUAAUCACGAGGGAAAGAGACUCACUUCUACUAGGUGAAGCUUAGUGACUUACCGCUUGACGACGCGAUUCUGUGGCCGCCAGUAUGGCAACGGAUUCGAACGACCACGGUAGUGUGUGAGGGCUGACGUUCUUCAGCAGUGGUGCAACUGAAAUAAAUUGAAAAAACAUAAGCAUCUGGUGCAUUGGUUAUUGGGUGUGUGUUGGGCUUUCUAUGUCGCGGGUAGUUGGUUAGUGAUGCGUGUAUAUCUAUCGUUCCGAAAGAAUCAUGGAGCACGUUUGGUUCUGCUGCACUCUGCUCGUAGUGCUCGUGAAUGGUCAAAUCAGUGAUCUUCGUUAUACAGAGACGAGCAAUGAUAAUCUGUCCGAGGCGAUCCAGUUUUUGCGUGAAUAUGAUCGCGAGGCGGCGGAAAUGUGCAACCGUGUGGCGAAUGCGGAAUGGCGCUUUUCCACCAACGCCACGGAGUACAACAAGCGCCGUAUGCGCGAGCAGCAAAAUUUGGCCUCAAAGCUCGAGUGCAUUAGCUGGCGGAGGGCCGUAUCCUUCGAUUCGUCGCGCAUAAUCGACACCAGCAUUCGGAGGCAGCUUGGUCGGAUCGUGCAGCAGGGCAGAUGCGGUCUGGGCGAUACCAAGUACGCUGAGCUGCAGCACGUGUUGAUGCUGCUGAAGGAUAACUACAACGGAGCGAAAGUGUGUCCGUUUCGACGCGGUGGAUCGGAAGCAACCGAUCUGGGAACGUUUUCUUCGGCGGGCGGCGGUGUGGGCUAUCCGAGCUCGAACUAUGUGUCGGCGUACACGGGGUAUUGCGAUCUGAAGAUUAACUCCGAUUUGACGCGCAUUAUGGAGACGAGUCGUUCGGAGCCGGAGCUACGAUACUACUGGGUGGCGUGGCGUGAAAAGACGGGACCGCCCGUUAGGAACACCUUCAUGCGGUAUCUUAACCUCGCGAACCAGGCAGCCGAGCAGCACGGAUUCCACGAUGCGGGAGAGCAGAUGCGCUCGGUGUACGAGGAUGGGGACUUUUUCUUCACCGUCAAUGAUCUCUGGGGACAGCUGCAGCCACUGUACAAGCAGCUGUUCACGUUCGUCCGCAAGGGGCUGAUCCGUCAGUAUGGGGAGCACGUGAUCCGACGGGACGGUCCACUGCCCGCCCAUCUGCUCGGUAACAUGUGGGGUCAAAAUUGGCGCCACAUCAUGGAGAUCAUCAAGCCGGGACCGCCUGAAACACCGGACGUGUCGGGCGAGAUGGUACGCCAGGGAUACACGCCGAUGAAAAUAUUCCAAACGGCGGAAGAGUUCUUUACCUCCAUCGGGCUGUCACCGAUGGCGCCGGAGUUUUGGCGCAAUUCCGUGCUGCAGAAACCGAACGACGGUACCGGGCAGUGCAGUGCUUCGGCCUGGGAUUUCUGCAACAAGGUGGACUUUCGCAUCAAACAGUGCACGCAGGUGUCGUUGGACGAUUUCAUCGGAGCUCACCAUGAGAUGACGCACAUUCAGUACUACAUGCAGUACGCCGGCCAACCGUACCUGUACCGGGAGGGGCCGAAUCCUGCGUUUCACGAAGCGCUGGCCAAUGCGAUUACGCUGAGUGUCGGCGGGCCGGCUCAUUUGCAGAAGAUCGGGCUGCUUAACAGCCCGGUCACGGUGGCGAAUGGGAACAGUAUGGUUAAUAUCGAGUAUCUGUUGAACCUGGCGCUGGAUAAGCUGCCUUUUAUGGCGUUCAGUUUAGCACUGGAAAAGUGGCGUUGGUACGUGUUCGAAAAGGGCCCGGUCGGUAUGAAUGCACGCUGGUGGGAGCUACGGUUGCGCUACCAGGGAGUAAUACCCCCAACGGGACGAGGAUUCGAACACUUUGAUGCUGGGGCAAAGUAUCACGUGAUAUCUGAUCAGGACUACAUCAAGUAUUUCGUGGCGACCGUGCUGCAGUUUCAGAUAUACUCCGAGCUUUGUCAAGCGGCACAACAUUUCGGGCCGCUUCACACGUGCGAUAUCUAUCGAUCACGUGAAGCAGGUCGAAUUUUAAGCGAUGUUAUGCAACAAGGUGCGUCCCUAUCAUCGGCUCAACUGAUAAAACUGCUAACACGUGGGAAAUCGUCGCGGCUGUCCGUUGAUCCAUUGUUGGAGUUCUUCCGUCCACUGGAAGCAUGGUUGGAAGCACAGAAUCGCGAUGAGCAGAUAAUUGGUUGGAGCUCUACGAUGGAAGAUGUGGCACUAUUUCAACCUUUGUUGGGGCGAAAUGGGCAAACUGCGAACGCCUCUAGCUUCACGUUGAUGCUUCUGCUCGGAUUGAUAACGUGGGGUCUUGUUUUACACAUAAAGCAAGCUUAAAGCAAGUUCACAUAACUAAAUGUGAUCGGUUGUAGAAUA